AUGUGUACUGAUAUUCUAUCUUAUCACAAUUCACGGAGAACAUCGAUAACACUUAACGAGUCACUGGGAUCGCCUGCAUUAUCCAGACAAGAUGACAUCAAACCGAAAAGUCAUCGAUGGGAAUUGAUACCUGAUGACGAAGGAAGAAUGCAUUUAAUGGACAUGAGUUCAUAUGUUCAUUCUGUUGAUCCACAUUUUGAUGCUGUUACCGACACAAUUUUCAUUCUGUUCACGCGAAGAAAUCCAACUUCUGGUCAAGUCAUCACUCCAACUUUGGCAUCUAUUCAAAGUUCAUUUUUCGAUAGAAAUCAUCCAACAAGAUUCACUGUUCACGGGUGGAAUGGAAGUCCACAAUCAAGAGUUAAUUGGCUAGUAGCUGAAGAAUAUUUCCGAUAUGGCGAUUACAACAUGAUAACAGUUGAUUGGACUGCUGGAGGGACAACAUUGAAUUACAUCACAGCAAGAAAUCGUGUACGAGCUGUUGGGGGUGUAAUUGCUAAUUUCAUUGACUUCCUUCAUGAAAAUUCUUAUCUUGAAUUUGAGAAACUUCACGUUAUGGGACAUUCUUUGGGUGGACAAAUAGCAGGUUUGACAGGAAAGCAAGUUCGUCGUGGAGUCAUCCAAGUAAUCAGCGCUUUUGACCCAGCGGGACCACUUUUUAGUCUCGACAAUCCUAAUGAACGCAUAGCCCCAACCGAUGGAGUUUACGUUGAAAGCAUUAUAACUAAUGGAGGCUUAUUGGGAUUCAUGGAACCGAUUUCUCAUGCAACUUUUUAUCCAAACUUUGGAAGAGUUCAACCUGGUUGUGAAUCUGACAUUACUGGGCAAUGUUCGCAUUCAAGAUCGACACUUUUGUAUGCUGAAUCGAUAAACUCGAUGUUCACUGGUCAAGAAUGUUCGUCGUUUGAAGAGAUCAGAGAUGGAUCUUGUAAUCCGACAGGAAGAACUGGUAGAUUGGGUGGACCACAAGGAAGCAUCGGUCAGAGGGGAAAUUUCUUUAUGGAAACAAAUGCUGUCGAACCUUUCUCAAGAGGAUAAAUGAACUUUCAAAUAAAUAAGCGUCAGCAUGCAUUUUAUUAUGAAAUAAAAGUCAAUGUGAUGACAGAAGUUACUUUUUCACUUGUCAGAAAUAAAAAACUCCCUUUCAAUAAAGAAUUUUUGAGAUCAAAUUGAUGAAUAAUUUCAAAUA